CAUGCAUAAAGCAUGCAUGCGGCUCAGGAUAGGGACAUUGUAACAAUACACUUUUCAUUGUCUAUAAAGCGCAUUGGACAUCAAAAGUUUUGCAGAAUUGUGGGAAAAUGGUUCAAAUUGGAAUUAAAAUUAUUUACUUCCUUUCAUUGUUCUACCUGGCCAGUACUGUGUCGGUAGAAUUAAGCCUUGAUACUAUUUAUGAAAUAUUGUCAAGGAGGAUAGAUUAUGUAACAAACGAUAUAAAAUCUGAGCUGGCAGAAACGAGAUCUACUAUGAAAAAUAUAGAAAGCAAAAUAGAAGACAUUCAUGCUAACGUAACGGCAGCUAUUAUCGGCGUGAAGAAAGACGUUGAAAGAAUGUCUGAAUCUCUGAUAAAUGAUAAAAUCAAGAACGUUGAACAAAGGUCUGAAUCACUAAUAACUGAUAAAAUUAAGAGUAUGCAAGACAUUUCAGAAUCUUUUAUCAAAACUAAAAUUAACAAAAAAUCAGUGGCAGUUCAGAAAAUGAUACAUAUGGAGAAAAAACACAUGCGGGAAGUUAUACAAAAGUUUACUAACAAUUUUUAGACGUUCCAAUCAGAUAUGAAAUCUCAAAUGACACUGAUGAAUGCUAUGAACGUUGACCUCCGAAACAUGAUGGAAAACUCGAACAUGAAAAUCGAAAAUAAAACCGACAUAAAAUUAAAAGAAGUAAGGGAAGAUAUAGAAGAGAAAUCAAAACAUUCCUUAGACAAGAUCCGUGAAGUACAAAAUACUCUUACUAAAACAAGCUCAGAUUUGCAAAGUGCUAAAAGUGGGAUCAACAAUCGGCUGAAUAAUGCGGAGAGCCGAUUAAGUUCAGUGUCGUCAAAGCUUACCUCCCUUGAAAGGGAACAAGAAAGCCAGGAAGACAACUUUGACGGUCAGAUCAGCCGGCUGAGCAAUAGAAUUUCAAAGGAGGAAGCAAGGAAAGUAGCAUUUUCCGCAAAACUAGAAACAAAACGCAGCCACUACGGUAAAUGCGAAAAGAUAAUAUUUGACGAGGUUGUGUACAGUCACGGUGGAGGGUACAGCUCAUCAACGGGAAUCUUUACAGCACCAAAAUCCGGAACGUAUUUGUUUACAUUCAACGUGCAAGGCGGGUAUAAUAACACAGCUCAUGUAGGGUUAAUAGUACGCGGAUCUUGGACAACAGCAGCUAUUGUACAAGGCGGACCUAAACGUACAGGUGGGAAUGCAGGUAUAGCAUAUCUCUCCAGUGGUGACAAGGUUUGGAUACAGACAUACAAUCAACAAAAGUAUUACAUCUGGCCUGGCAGGACAACAUUCAAUGGUAUUUUAAUUGACUGAACUUGAACAAUAUUUCAAAACAUGUUUCAUCUUGUUGAAACAUUAUGAAGACACAUUGAUUAUUGAUAUUGAGUAGAUUGAUGAGUCGGUAGAUGAAUGUACAUGGCGGCUGUGAAAAUAAAAGGUAUACCUGAAAUCUCUCCAAAAAUUCUACAGGCAUAUAUAAUUGUGAGAAAAACUGAAAUCCUGAUAAUUUCAUGAACCUAUUUUUUUUUGGAUGUGACAAAACUCUGACAAAGUUGGCAAAGGAAAAAUGUUGCAUGAGCUGAAAAUUUCCAGAUAAAUUGAAAAUUUAUGAUUUAUGCCUGAAUAAACUUUAGUCCGAUUACGCAGCCCAAACGGGUCUGUGUAUGAAAUAUCAACAUUCAACAAAAAGGUGUCUUUACAUUUUUGGAAGUUGGAACGAUUCAUACUAAAAAAUGUAUUUCUUUCAUAUUUCUAUGUUUAAACAGUCAUGCAAUCAUAUUUGUAUGUAAUAUAUUGUAAAACUAUAAAUUGUAUUUGUCAUCAACACCACCAGCAGCCUUAUUUACCAUACAUGCUAAUAUGAAAAAUCCACGCUCAUUUCAGUUAAUUAAAACAAUAAGUUUGUCAUCACGUCAUAUUUUUUGGCGUAUUACGUACGCCGAGAAAAUGUGUCACUACAUUUGAUGUACUACUUUAUAUAAUGGGCGUUUCAGAAUUGAGAUGAUAUAACAGAAUGGUAUUACAUUUAAUUCACAUACACUGUAUAGGUUAUAAGGCACUAUCCUGAACGCACUCAUAAAUUACUCCGCGGCACGUGUUACUUUCCGCAAUUUUAAAACAUGCUUGCGCCUUGACGUCACGUCGAUGUGCUAUUUUUGGCGACAUACAUGCCCUAUGAAAUAGUGAUUUCCUUUGUCAUCUUCUUGUUUCGAAGUAAUAUAUAGCAGAACCAUUUUCAAUAUAUAAAUCUGAACAAUAUGAAUCGGUUAUACGUAGCGUGAAAUUAUUCCGCAGACGUAUUGUUUCCAUAUACUAAGGAUGGUUCUGACAUACAUUAUUUCUCUAUGUUAUUCUCCAUGUCUUGUUUAUUGGCGUGAAAUUCAGGCACCUUUUAAAA